AUGAGCUCUCUCUCCUAUGAUCUGAUCGUGGUGGGAUCAGGCUUUGCCGGCUGCAUGACUACCCUAAACUUCCUAGAAACCUGUGAGCGACUAAACAAAACCGCUCGCGUCGCUCUGGUUGAAGCCGGAAAAAAUGGCGAGAGAUGUGGUGCAUCUCGCUGGACAGGUGCUUUUCUUCGCAUGGGUCGAGACUUGACUUUUGAUGAGGACUGGAUCCAGGAGAUGAUUCAGGUUAGCAACGGUCAAGCUGAUUUGGACUAUUGCCGCAAACUGGCUCUGGAGGCCAAAGCUAGCGUCGAGUAUGUCGAGGACCGCGGGGUAAACUUUAUUCGACACGAAGAGAAGAAUGUUAGUGGUCUAUGGGAUAUGUUUCGUAUUUAUUCUAACCAAAGGCUAUAG